ACCCACUGUCAACUGUCAGUUUGAAAUUAAAACUUGACAGUUGUGUUGUCGGGAGAGGUGAAUAUUAGAAAUAUUUUAAUAAAUUGUUAUAAUAUUAAUUGGAUUUCGUUUAUUCGAGCCUAGACUAUGAACAGAAAAUAUGGUGCCUGUUUAUUUAAACUCUAUCCUAAAGUAAUAUAAUACGACCGUGUCAUUGCUGUCCUCCAAAACACACUUCAAUUUGUUCAAUUAUUAUUGAAACUUGUAUCAGUGAUUCCUUUGUGAUAUGAAUUCUAUAACGUGAAACAAAUUAUGUUCAUUAUUAUGAGAUAAACGUGACUGCUUAUUUACUGGACUGUGUAAAAUCAACAUACAUAUAUCAUCUCAAGGUUUUAUUUUAUAUUGAAUAGAACCUUUCACAUCCAUUGUAGUGAAUAGCAUUUAUGUACUCAAUAAUACGGGACUCAGUGCCAAUGGAGUACGAUAAUGACGAGAAUACUUGGCGGAGGCCGUCGACGCCGAAGGUGGAGCGCUCAGCAUGUCACCAGAUCCCCAAGAGGUCCACAACCGUGGCUGUGGUAGUGCUAGGGUUGGCAGUACUGAGCUGUCUGCUGGGCUACUGUGUGCUCAGCGAAACCCUGCCUUAUGAAUCUAAGACACUGCGCCUUGUUAUUAUUUUUUUCCGACAUGGUGCCAGGACUCCAGUGCAGCCUUACAACAGUGACCCGUACAAAAACUACCAAUGGCCCGAUGGACUUGGUGGACUCACUAAUGCUGGCAAGCUUCAACUGUAUGAAUUAGGCAAGAAGUACAGAAGUUACUAUGCCAACUUUAUACCUGAAGAGUACUGUGAGAAGGAUGUCUUUAUACGCAGCAGCGACAAGUCCCGGUGUCUCAUGAGCGCCUACACAUUCCUGGCUGGACUGUACCCUCCCACGGAGAGGCAGAUGUGGCAUCCAGAGCUGCCGUGGCAGCCUAUACCUGUGCAUUCACUGCCCAAGAAACUGGACAAUAUAGUUGCUGCAACGAAACCUUGUAAAAUAUGGAAAGCAAUGUACGAGGAGAAACUGGCUGAAAAGAAUGAAGAUCCAAAGUUUGCCGAACUUUUUGAUUACUUGAGUAGACACACGAACCAGAGUAUGCGCAGUGUGUUGCCUGUAGACUUUCUAUACAGUACUCUCCUAGCGGAGCAAGAUGCAGGCCUGAAGCUUCCAGAAUGGACGAGAACAGUGUUCCCCAGCAAAAUGCGGACACCAUUCAUGCUGAGUUUGGCUCUGCUGUCUUAUAAUGAGACGAUGCAGAGGCUAAAAGUUGGUCCACUUCUAAAAGAAAUGAAGCAAAACCUCGAUGAAACAGUUCGACACGAGAACGUAGACCGCUCUCUUUACGUGUAUUCUGGUCAUGACGUCAAUGUGGUGUCGCUUUGGCGCGCUUUCGGGUUCAAUGACCUGCUGGAGCCGGAGUACGGCGCCAGCAUCGUGAUCGAACUACAUGAAGACAUUGAGCAGGAGUCAUUCUUUGUUAAGACAUUCUACCGCAACAACACGAAAGUGGAAGUUCCUCUGGAACUGAAGUUACCAUUCUGCGAUGAUCCCUGCACGUACACUCAAUUCAGUCAGCACAUCAGUAAGUUUAUACCGGACGACUGGGAGACCGAGUGCGGUAAUGUAGACAAGUAAAUAUACACGUAAGUACAAAGCCAACAAGUAUAGGCCAGUCCCAAUAUUCUAUCUAUCUAUUGUUCUGCUUGGUAGAGAUUCAUCAUCAUUAUCAUCUCAGCCGUAGGACGUCCGCUGCUGAACAUAGGUCUCCCCCUUAGAUCUCCACAGAUACCUGUUGGAGGCGACCUGCAUCCAACGUCUUCCGGCGACCUUUAUAAGGUCGUCGGUCCACCUUGUUGGUGGUAGUCCUACGCUGCGCUUGCUAGUCCGUAGUCUCCACUCCAGCACUUUUCGACCCCAUCGGCCAUCUGCUCUGCAAGCAAUAUGGCCUGCCCAUAUGGUAGAAAUACGAAUUCUACGAGGCUAACAUAAAAAGUCUAUUUCUAGGAAGCAAAUCAACACAUAGGUAGAAUAUUGAGACCGGCCGUAAGUGAAUCAUUAUACAUAUACGUAUGUUUUGUUGUGUAAGAUUGGUAAGCCCCAAAGUCGUGGGAACGAAGUCUUAAGAUGGUCUGUGACCAUGACCAAUUAGUCUCAAGUGGCUAAUUUCAUUACUACAUCCUUGGUUGAUAUUAAUUACGUGGUAACACUGACACUGAUCCUGCAGGUACAGAACAAAAGUGUGUCACUGUAUACUCG